AUGCUUUGUGACCCUCUACGAACCAUCGUUGCUGCGGAAUUCAAUUUCCAGGAUGGUAUUGCCACCGUCAAGGAGAAGUACGUGAACCUCUCCAAACAGAAUCUGCUGUUUGCUCAAGAAGUCCAAGCAACGCUUAAGGUGUUGCCCGGCUUUAGCGCACAAGACUCCUGCGACGCCGACUUGCUGGAGUGCUUGGGAGAUGUCGGCACUAGCGAGGUAUUCAAAACACACGCCGUGGAGGCAGUGAUAUCUGCUGCCUGGCAGCAGCUUCGGAUCUUCACGGCCCUGGAUAUCCUUUGGAGUCUCGUCACGGUGAUUGCUUUGUGCUACGCAUCGCAUAAUAUCCUUCAUGGCGACAAGCGGAUGAGCCCUUUGUUCGUGGCUGGAGUCAUUCAUUUAAAGCUCACUUUGGAAGAGCUUUUGCAGAUCUUCAUGGGAGCUCUCAGAUUUGCCAAAGAAGGGAGGCCCAUUGUAGCCACCUUGCUGGACUUUGACAACUUGGUGGAUUAUGCCUACCUUCUCGCAGGGUGGAUGGCCAUUAUCCGACAAAUUCUGUUUGUUGAAUACGGUCUAGAGAAGCCCUUCAUGUCACUGUACUGUGCAAGUGCCUGGCUACGAGCUUUGUACACUUUGCGAGGUGAAUCUUGGAUGGGUCCGCGACUGCUUCCAAUUUUUUUUGCCUAG